GUGCCCUGUGUAUUGUGCACGCGCCGGGAAAAUAAAGUUUAACAGAACCAGCCUAAAUGUAAGCAGUUGUUCUAUCAAAAGUUUUGAUACAGUUACUUAUUCAAAAGCUUUCCGUGUGAAGUCAUGGGAAAAAGAAAAGCUGAAGGAAAAAAGGAAGAAAGUACUGUCAAAAAGAAGAACAAGAGUUCUGCUGACCUGUGUAAAGAGUUUGGUGUCAAUGAUGUCAAUGUGGAGUAUACAGAAGCUGACUACCAGAACCUCUCCACUUAUAGCAUCUUUGUCCAGCACAUACGGCCGCUGAUAUACCAGGCCAACACCAAAAUCUCAUCUUCAAAGACAUCCAAUCUGAUAGCAGCAAAGUGGAAAGAAUUUCAAGCUUCAAAUCCCUUCAAGAAGAUACCUAAGAGAAUCCCAUCUGACAAUGACAGUGAUGAGUCCAUGUCCAGUCGUGGUAGCCGUAGCAACAGCAGGGACAGAAAGCGAACAGCGUCGUCUAGAGAAUCCAGAGACAAAAAACCCAAGCCACUCAGGAUCAAGCUUCUUAGUGGGCAGACCAGACGUAGUUCUCGGGACAGGAAAACUCUGAUGAGCAAGAACUUAACUGACAAGGACUUUGAGAAGCUUUUAAAUUCUGGAGACGAAGAAGAGGAUGAAAAUAAGGAUGGCAGUUCUGCCUCAGAUGGAGGAAAAACGAGCUCAGAUGAUGCUGAGGAUGAUGACUGGGCGGACUCCAUGAAGAGGAAGUUGAGAGGUUCUAAGGCUGACAGCACACAGGACGAGGAUGAGGACAGGAAACGAGAGUUGGGAAACGAGUCGGAUGUAGCUCCAAAGAAGAAGAAGAAAAGAAAGCUGGUCCGAGUGAAGAAAAGAAGUGAAAUCAAGUCCUCCAAGAAAAAGGAGACAAAGGCUAGCAAAACAGAUAGAAGUCCACAAGGAGACGCAGCAGACGUCAAGAGGUCAAAGGUCAAAGAUGACGGUGCUGAUGGAGAUUUAGCAGACGUAGAACAAGACACUGAAGAAGAAGAUGGACAAAAGAAAGAGGAUGGCCAGCCAAAGAAAAGAAAAAAGAUUUACCCAGAGGCAAGUCGACGCAGUGAGAGAGAUAAGAGAAUGAAGAAGGAAAGCAUGAAAGAGAUGGACAGCGAUGAAGAAUUUGAGAAAAUGCUGGCCUCCAGUGACUCAGAUUCAAGUGCAGGGGGUGGGAAAAGGGGAAAGAAGAGAAAGAAAAACAGACGAAUGAAGACAACCAAACAGUUCCCCGAUGAGGAGGAUGGAGACAAGGGAGAGGAGAGUGAUCACCAGUGGUAUUGUGAGAUCUGUCAGGAAGGGGGAGACAUCAUUCUCUGUGACAACUGUCCCAGAUCUUAUCACUUGAAGUGUCUGGAGUUGGAUGCCGUACCAAGGGGAAGAUGGAUAUGUCAGCAAUGUACUGAAGAAGACAGUGACCACCAAGAGUUCUGUCGUGUGUGUAAAGAUGGCGGAGACGUGAUCUGCUGCGAGACCUGUCCCUCCGUCUACCAUCUGGAGUGCCUCAACCCACCGCUGAAGGAAGUGCCGGAGGGGGAGUGGAAAUGCCCUCGCUGUAGCUGUGAGCCGCUGAAGGGGAAAGUGAAGAAGAUCUUGACAUGGCGGUGGAAGGAACCCCCCAAGGGCGGGGACGAGUUGGACCAUGUGCCAGGCAGUCCACUCAAAGGAAAGUUUCAGGGCAAGCCAGAAAGGGAAUACUUUGUCCAAUGGCAUGACCUGUCCUACUGGCACUGUGAUUGGGUGUCAGAAAUCCAGCUUGAGGUGUACCACCCGGGACUUCUCCGCUCCUUGUUUGCCAGGAGUGACAUGGACGAGCCUCCGCCAUUAGAGGAUGGGAGCAGUUUUGGUGGAUUUGAUCGGCGAGGUAAAGGAAAGGUGGAUGAGGGGUUCCAUAAUCUGGAAGAACAAUAUUACCGCUAUGGCAUCAGACCUGAAUGGUUGCAGAUACACAGGAUCAUAAACCAUAACACAAAGAAGAAUGGACAGGUCCAGUACUUGGUAAAGUGGAAGGAACUGUGUUAUGAUGCCUGUACUUGGGAGGAUGAAGACACAGCCAAGGAGGUGGUGGACUUUGAGAAGUUUGUGGAGGAGUACAAUGUCAGGAGGAAGAAUGGACAGGUCCAGUACUUGGUAAAGUGGAAGGAACUGUGUUAUGAUGCCUGUACUUGGGAGGAUGAAGACACAGCCAAGGAGGUGGUGGACUUUGAGAAGUUUGUGGAGGAGUACAAUGUCAGGAGGAAGAGAUUCAAAGAAAGAGAGAAGAAGAAGGACAAGAAAAAGGAAGAAAAGAAACCUAAAAGAUCAAAGUUUUCCCAGAAGCUGACUGAGGACCCAGAGUACCUCCAGACCACAGGGGGAAAGCUUCAUCCUUACCAGCUGGAGGGUCUGAACUGGCUGAGGUUCUCCUGGGUCCAGAGAACCAAUACUAUACUGGCAGAUGAGAUGGGGUUAGGGAAGACCAUACAGAGUAUAGCCUUCCUGUAUUCUUUGUGGAAGGAGGGUCACAGCUCAGGUCCCUUCCUGAUCAGCGCUCCUCUGUCCACCAUCGUGAACUGGGAGAGAGAGUUUGAGUUCUGGGCGCCAGAGAUGUACGUGGUCACCUAUGUGGGAGAGAAGAAAAGCAGACAGAGAAUAAGGGAUUAUGAGUUUUCGUACCAAGAGGAUGCCAUAAAGAGGUCUGUCCGUCCAAGCAAAAUGCGCGAAGGAGCACAGGUCAAGUUUGACGUCCUGCUGACCAAUUACGAGUUGAUCAGUUUGGACAAGACAACCUUGGGGUCAGUGGACUGGGAUGUCCUGGUGGUGGACGAGGCUCACAGGCUGAAGAACAACACAUCUCUGUUUUUCCGUGUUCUCAGUGAGUACAACAUUGCCUACAAGCUGCUACUGACAGGCACACCAUUGCAGAACAGCCUAGAGGAACUCUUCAACUUGCUCAACUUCAUGAGUCCUGGGAAAUUCGACGAUAUGGAGCAAUUUUUAGAAGAAUUCUCGGACAUCUCCAAGGAUGAACAGGUGCUGAAGCUUCACGAGAUGUUGGGACCCCACCUCCUGCGUCGACUGAAAGCAGACGUUCUCAAAAAUAUACCAUCCAAGAGUGAAUUCAUCGUGAGAGUAGAGCUCUCCCCUCUUCAGAAGAAAUUCUACAAGUACAUCCUAACACGUAAUUUUGAGGCCCUGAACUCUAAAGGCAUGAACAGAGUGAGCCUGCAGAAUGUCAUGAUGGACCUCAGGAAGUGUUGUAAUCACCCUUACCUCUUCCCUACAGCACAUGUGGAUGCACCCAAGGGUCCCCAUGGUGUAUAUGAAGGUAGCGCUCUGAUCAAGGCAUGUGGAAAACUGGAACUUCUCUCGAAGAUGCUCAAGGUUCUGAAGAGAACUAACCACAGGGUGCUAAUCUUUUCACAGAUGACAAGGGUACUGGACAUCUUGGAGGAUUUCUUGAUUUAUGAAAAACUUGGAUUCGAGAGGAUAGAUGGCAGUAUAUCAGGACAAGCCAGGCAGGAGGCUAUAGACAGAUUCAAUGCCCCCGGAGCUGAGCAGUUUGUGUUCUUGCUGUCCACCAGGGCGGGCGGUCUGGGGAUCAACCUGGCCACUGCGGACACAGUCAUCAUCUAUGACCAGGACUGGAACCCUCACAAUGACAUCCAGGCCUUUAGUAGAGCUCACCGUAUUGGCCAGCAAAACGAGGUCAUGAUCUACAGGUUUGUUACCAGGGCAACAGUGGAAGAACGCAUGACGCAGGUUGCCAAGAGGAAGAUGAUGUUGCAUAACUUGGUUGUACGGCCAGGGAUGAACGUGGAGGGAAGCAUCACGAAGCAAGAGUUGAACGAGAUCAUCAAGUUUGGCACAGAGGAGUUGUUUAAAGAGGACAGUGAUAUUAAGAUCACGUGGAAUGAUGAGGCCAUAGAGAAGCUACUGGACCGUACAAAAAUGAGUCGAGAAGACGAGGACAAAGGUGCGAGUGGCUUGAAUGACUUCUUCAGCUCCUUCAAGGUGGCCAAAUAUGUGUCAGCUGAGGGGGGAGAGCCAGAGGAUGAAGAGGAAGAGGAAGAAAAAGAAAAGGAUAAAAACGACCCAACUUACUGGGAGAAGCUACUCCGCCCAUCUUACGACCAUAUCAAGACUGAAGAGAUGCUGGAAGAGGCUCGUAAAAUUGCCUCCCUGGGGCGUGGCAAGCGACAACGAAAGCAGGUGAAUUAUCGUGAUGAUGGGUACGGCCAAGAGAACGGGGCUGGUGCUAAAGACAGGGAGGACGAUGAAACCAUGGACACGGAGAAAAAAGAUGAAGUUGAGCCAGAUGAUGACUCCUCAGUCAAAUAUUUAUCUGACUAUCUUCCCACGUCCUCUGAGGAUGAGGACGAAGAUGAGGAAGAGGUUGACAGCGAUGUCGAGUUUAAUCGCAAGAUGCUCCGCUUAGAAACAACUGCGCAGGAGGAUAAGAAGAAAGCGGCUACUAAAACUUUUCCGCCAUUGCUGUCCAAGGUCAACGGCCAGGUUCAGGUGCUCGGGUUCACAGCAAGGAAGAGGAAGGCUUUCCUCGAACAAGUCAUGCGGUUUGGGAUGCCCAUUGAGGAUGCCUAUAACUCUCAGUGGAUGAACAAGGAACUACAGGAUAUCCCAGAACAUCAUUUUAAGGCGUACGUUGCACUGUUCAUGCGUCAUCUGUGUGAGAAUGUACCUGAGAAGGCAGACACGUACCAUGAUGGCGUGCCAUGUGAGGGGUUGUCACGGCAACACGUCUUGACACGCAUUGGGAUUAUGUCCCUUAUUCGCAGGAAGAUCAAUGAAUACGAGAGCUCUGAAGUAAGUUCUGUUGAUAGCAUGGAGAUGUUGAAAAACCUCAAGGAGAUGGUCUGGCCACCGAGUCCCAAGAAAGAAACACCAAAGAAGAAAGAUGAUGAUAGCUCAGAUAAAACACAGUCUUCUCCAGGGAGCAAGGAAGUGGAAGAGAAAGAAAGACCUGGGGAUGAGUUACCUGGAGAAACAGAAGCAAAGAGUAAUGGUGGAAGCCCCGUUAAGGAUGAUGAAGAGAAAAAAGCUGGGCCUGGAGAUACAAUGACAAAAGAAGGAAAUGACGUUGAUGACAUUGGGGAUAAAAUGGAAAAGGUUAAGAAUGAGGUCAAAAGCGAAGGCGAUAAAUCUGAAGAAGGGCAACAUGUUGAUGGGAACGAACAAGCUGCAACUAAGACAGAAAAAUCAGUUGAAGCUGAUGAAAGUGUAGAGGUUGACAGAGGUGAAAUAGUCGAAGAGAAAUUAACAGUGAAAGAUGAAAACAGUGCUGAUGCAUCUGAUAUAGCACCCAUGAAGGAGGACAAAAACACUGAAGCACCCCAAGUUGAUGCUACAGAGGAUGACAAAAGCACUGACAUUCCAAAAGUUGAUUCUACAGAGAAUGACAAAAAUAUUAAAACCCCUCAGGUUAAUUCUACAGAGGAAGGCAAAAGUACUGACACUUCAAAAGUUGAUUCUACAGAGGAUGGCAAAAGCAUUAACACUUCAAAAACUGAUCCUACAGAGGAUGGCAAAAACACAGACACUACAAAAGUUGAUUCUACAGAGGAUGGCAAAAACACUGACACUUCAAAAGUUGAUUCUACAGAGGAUGACAAAAACGCUGACACUACAAAAGUUGAUUGGUCAGGAACUGACAAAGACAACAAGACACCUGGUGAAGCUGUGGAAACAAUGGGCACUGGCAAACCCAAGGAUGAAGAAAACACGGAGAAUUCUCCCGAAAAAGACAACUCAAGUUGUGAUGCAAGUAGCUCAAACAAAAAAGAAGUGUCCGACACUAAGGAAAAAAAUCAAAGUGCCCUGUCUGAAAUUCUUGCUGCCCCUUACAAAUCAACAGCGCCAUCUACAGAUAGGAAUAAAGAAGAACCAGAUAUCGUAGAUCUCUCAUCAGACAACCAAGAAAAAGUGGAAGAGUAUGUAAAUCUGCUUCAAAAGGCAUUCCACAUAGAAGAUGGCGGAUUGACCGAUCUAAAAGCCAUCUGGGUGCAGGAAGAGAAGAGUCUUACACAGGAGAAUUUAAAAUCAUAUUGGCACAGACUGCAAGAUUACUGGCUGUUGGCUGGGGUUAUAACUCAUGGCUAUGCCAGGUGGUCAGAUAUUGCCACAGAUCCCAGGUUUGCUGUGAUAAUGGAGCCGCUGAACAACCUGAAGAGGUACCUGAGUAUUUCCGCCAAUGACUUCCUAGCUCGCAGGUGUCAGAUGUUGGAAUGGGCCCUGGCCAUAGAGCAGAGGCUGGCCUGCUUGGUCACUCAACUGACCAGAGAGGAAAGAGAUGAAAAGAUUCGAGAUGUGGCAAUAAAACUGAGUCAAGCCAAGUAUGGCCACCUGGAGGCCAGUGAGGAAACCUCCAAGCUGGAAUUAGCAUUAAAGCAACUGGAAGGAAUGUGUAGUGGCAUUCGUGUGAAUUCCAGUCCUAUUCCGCCCUCCUUUGCGGCUGGGUACUUCCAUGCCAACAAAGGCCUCCUUGUUCCAUUUUUGGACCGCCCUUAUAAUCCCAAGACCAUGACAACAGAAGAGAAAAAAGUUGCAGCAAAGAAGAUGGGCACUGGAAAUGUUUCCAAAAAGGAUCAGUCCCCCACUUCAGCAGAAUCAGUGCCAAAUGAUGCCAAGGUUUCAGAAGAAGUGACAACAGACAAGGAUAACAUGAAGAAGCAUGAGGAUGAAAAUCAAACUACAGGAAAGGAGUCAGAGGAAAAAACGCCAGAAGAAAGCAAGAAUGCAGAAGCUACAGCUGACAAGGAGCUCAAUGAUAAAACCAAAGAGGAGGAGCCAUUGAUAAAAGACACAGACUCCAUCGAGGCAAAAGAUUUAGAUACAGAAAUUAAGGAAGAGAAAGAGGAGGGGAGAAAGAAUGAAAAUGAGAAUGAAGGAAAGGAUGAAGAGAUGACACAUGAGACAGAAGAGAGGACAGGUGUGCAUAACGAGGAGCCACCAGAUACAAAACAGGAUACAACUGAAGGUAGUCCAAAGGCAGAGGAGCCAAAAACUGAAGAAGAAACAGCGGCCAGUCAGAGUAGUACAGAAAUGUCUGAGGAAAAAAUGCUAUCAUGAUUUUUGUUGUCAUAUCAGGUUGCUCUCAUUAGCAAAAUACAAGUAGAAAGAAAAAAAAAUUUGUUCAAGGAUUGUAGCAGUAGGAACUGUUCAUUUGAUAACUUUAUAGUAUAUACACAGUUAUCACGUAUAGAAUAGGACAGCAGGAACAGGUUCAUUUGAUUACUUAAUUGGAUAUUAUGUAGUCAUUAUUAUUAUUAUUAUAUAUAGAGUAGGACAGUAGAAUCCCCAGUGAUGGAGACAGUAUCCACAAGACCAUCAAAUGGUACAAAAAAAAAAAAAAAAAGAAGCCAAUUCAAGUAUGGUGCAGUAUGGUUAUCUUACUACUAUCAUGAGUAGACAUCAUUUAUCAUCACUUUUUUAUUGUUGUUAAUUAAAUUGAAAUUUAUAAGUAUAUUAAAUUAAUAUAUAAUCGUCAA